AUGGCUGCCAGACUCACCUAUUGCAAAGAUGCUUUUCAGACCUUCAACUGGACGGAAACAAAGACGUCUGCCAAAAUCGCCAAAGACGCUCCUCGAACAGCUAUCGGAGAAGAUGGCAGUGCCCGGAACCUCGUAGUCGCCUUGCUUGGGCAGACCUACACACUCUGCCCUGAACCGCAAAGAUUUCACUUUUAUGGACUCUCGUCGACAUAUUCUCUCCUUUUGCUACCGGACAAGCGCAUUGUCGCAGCCAUGGAAUGA